CGUAAAUAUUUGAUUUUUUUUAUUAAUUAUCACUAUCAUUAUGUGUUUAGUUAAUCCUGUUUAUCACCAUUUCGCGUUACGAAAUAAUCCUGGCUUAGAAAGAAAAAUAAUAAUAAUCUAUGACAAGCGUUUCAAAGAAAGAUAAGUAAUAUCCUUGAACUUUGUCUGACGAUCACCACUCUGUUUUUCGAGUUGAAACGAAGAAGACGUGGUCACUGGAUAAGCGCAGCUCUACACUUGACACGCGCAAUGGGGAGACUUGAAGUAGCAGCACUGUGGGUGUGUGUGUGGGCUUGUGCGUGGGCGUGUGUGAGCGGGGUGAGGCUACAAAAUGGUGUCUACGAAGACCUGGUGCUGGCCAUAGACCCAAACAUGCCGAUGGACACCAUGGACAUCAUGGAGCUACAGCAGAAUAUUGAGGCACUGGUACAAGACAUGCGGGACAGUAUGAUAACAGCAACAAACGGUCGAUUGUCUCUCGGGUCAGUACGGGUGGUACUGCCUUUGAGCUGGAACAUCACCGACGAAUUUGACUUGGAUCCCGCUCAUGAAGACUUUUCGUGGAAAACUGCUGACAUACAUUUACAGGAGGCGCCCAAAGGGAGCUUCGGCCAAUACACCGACCACGCCCCCAACACGCUGCAGAUGGGGCAGUGCGGAGAGCCUGGGAGUUACAUUACCAUCCACAACACCUUCCUAGACCAAGAUUACGUCAAAACUCACUAUGGUCCCCGAGGGCACGUCCUCAUGCACGAGUGGGCUCACUACCGCUGGGGAGUGUUCGAAGAGUACGGCCAUCCCAAGGACCCCGUGUAUCCUGUCAGCUACGAGAGAGACGACCUCACCAGGCCCACUGCUUGCUACAGGGGAAAACUCCUCGGGGACUUUCUCACGGGAUCCAAAGAGUCGUGCCCAGGAGCUCACAAUGACCCCGAGAAUCCCUGCUAUUUCUUCCCUAACACCAGCAGCAACCCUACCACUACCAAGUCCUCACUCAUGUCACACACUUUUCUCUCCGACGGAAGCUUCUGUACUCAAGAUACACACGACAUCUUUGCUCCAACACCCCAUAACCUGAUGUGUGUGGGACGCUCUGUGUGGGAAGUUCUUGAGACUCACCCAGACUUCACAAAUUCCGAGAGCUCAGGAAAGCAAGCAAAGAACACGGCAAUCCACAUCAGUUUCCAGAAAGCUCCCACAAGCAGGGUUUUCUUCCUCUUCGAAGCCCCGCCUAAGGAUCAAAGUACAACACUGAAUUGGUUGGUGCGUCAGUUCAUAGAGAAAACCACGAACGUCUUUGGUGCCAUCGAGCUCGGCAUGGCUACCUUCAGAACUGUGGUGCCGGGCGAGGCAGAAAUAAUUGACAUGAUGGAUUUCACUUCCGUUGCGAAUUAUUCCUCAGUCGAAAGUUACAUUCCUGGCCCAACUACUGGUCCUGUCUCUGAAGCGCCGCUUCAGGACGCGCUGCUCCAAUUGCUGCCGUCCUGGGAGGUCUACCAGCCAGGGACGCUUCUGGUUUCUAUUACUUGGAAUUCUGUUAUUGCAAAGGAUGCUCAAGAUCUCAGUGUCCUGGUUCUUGAUAAGGGGGUGAAACUACUCGUGCUUGACCCAUCGACAGAGGGCGGCCUGGGACAUUUGCUGCCAAUGAUCCAGCUCCUGCAGAACACAGGAGGCAAUUUCUAUAUCAAAGACUACAACGUUUCCCAACCGAUCAAUCAGCUUCUCGAAGACUUGGACAGCUACAUGAGGAUCCAGUUCAUCGAAGACCAUAGACUGAUAGGUGUGAGUCAUCAUGUAGCGGAUGCUAACAGUGACGUCCAAAAAUUUAUGAAUUUACGAGUUCAGAGGAAUGUUGAAAAAAAGAUCAGUGGUUAUCUUAGAAUCACGCCUUUCGAUCCUGAUUCCAUUGAGAUUACCAUCGCUGACCCCCUUACUAUGAAGCCCGUCUCCUGUAACACUAUAGGAAAGAACGUCAUCUUUCAGUGCAUCAAUUUCGCAGAAGGCAUCUUCAUCUAUUUUUAUACAGUCAACAUAUUCAUCUUCGAUUAUUCCUUAUCCAUCGAGAACCGCGGGGUGGACAGCGUGUCUGUUGAGGCGACCUGGAGUGUAGUGGAUUACCCCAAUGAAGAAAAGGUGUCGGUAGCCGUGUGGUCGUCCGAGAAUGAGCUGAAGGCAAAUGUUCAAGAGAAUGACCACCUCUUCCUUUACUGCCAGGUGUCUCAAGCAAGCGGCAGAGUGGUGGAAAAUCUGCAGGUCAUGGCCGAAGUUGAAUUUGUCGUUGAUCAGAAUGUGUCCAAGCAGAUCAUUACCCUUACCGAUGGCGGAGACAGAGUGGUGGACGUAAAGGCGAGGGACACUGUGUGGUCUGGAAAACUGAGCGGCGACUGGCCCGCCGGCACUACCUUCACUGUCACGACACUGGCCGUUAACCACGACCCGGAUAUCUUCUCACCCUUCAAACUUGGUACUAGCUUCAGUCUUUCCCACAGGCCACGUAUGGCUGCUACAGGAAGCUGGACAGGAAGUAGCUCUGGCGUCCUCCCGAUAAACCCUACAGAAGGUGAAUGUUGCUUGAGUUUCUCUGACGAAAAGGGAGCAUCGCGUAGCCUUGUAGUCAACAGGAUGCUGUUGAAUCCGUACAGUGCUAAGAUCAUUAAUGACAAACAGGAUUUACCACCACGGGUGACAGAAAUGCCCAAGCUGAAGCCAAGUGAUCCUCCCGUCACCGACAACGGUACUGUCACGAUCACAUUCUAUUUGGAAGGACAAACGGCUGCCCGGCAAAGAACAUCGACAACGUACGAGUACUUGACUCGCUACCACGAGGACUUAGCGACAAUUCGGGACAACUUCACCCAUGGCAAAGAGCCGCUGGACGGGUUCAGGUCCCCUGGAGACGCCACGAGCAUCGCCGUGACAAUACCAAUUGGCGAUUCAAAUAGCUUCUACCUCGCCGUGGCCAACUACGACCCUUCAACUGGAGUCGAGGGUUUGCCGUCAAGAGCGCUGCCAAUAAAUUUUCAGAUGAGUCCAGACACAACCACAACCACAACCACCACCACCACCACCACCACAACAACUACAACAGGAGCAGCCAUAACAACAACAGAAAAUUCAAUAACAACAGCAGAAACAACAACUCCACAAAAAACUACAACUAAAGCUCCUCCUACUGAAGGCCCUAAGUCUGAAGACAACACAGUCAUCAUCGUGGUGUCAGUGGUGUGCGCCGUUGUGGUGUUGUGUGUGGCAGGUGGCCUCUAUUACUACAGGCACAGGAUUUGUAAAUGAAA